AUGAGUGAAGACUUCUCCACGGUUGAAUAUCACGCGUUCGUGGCCGUCGCUACGAGGUUGAACUACGAGCUUAGCUCUGCCCCACACGUACGUCGUCAGAUGACCAACCCAGCUUCCUCCUUGUCGGCACGGAGCUUCAUCUGCGUCAGUUACCAUCAGCAAACCAUCCGAAGUUCCUUCGACACUGGCAAUCUCCACGCAAACAAGAUUGUCUCAUCCCGCUCAAACUGCUUCAACAAUCCCACUCCACUCUCGCUUGGCCUCUCCCCUGAUCCUGAUACAACAUCGAAUGAGCAGUUCUAUGGGUUUGGUAGCACUUCGCCCGUAGACUGCGGCGCAAUGUUUGAGGGACGAAGGGCUCAGGAUCGUUAUCACUUGCGACUCCAUCGAGCUCGCUCCGUCAUUCUGACUCCUGAGGAGCUCGUUGAGAUAAGAGCUGCUCAGCGUACUUUUGAAGGCGCCUACAUUCGAACGGCUCUCGGCCAAUUCUCGUUCGCGCUCAUCGUGCUCAAGGUUUUUACAGCCGAGUUCUACUCUAUAGGAGCGCUUUUUGCCGUGUAUGGUGCUGGUAUACUCUUCACCAGCCUGUUCCGUCGGCAGCACGGGAACAAGCAGUUCUUCUCGGAAGUUGGAGACGACGGUCUGCACCGGAAGAAGCUGAGAACAAGUGGCAAUAUCGUGUCCAUCCUCACAGCAAUCAGCGUGGGAGCCUACGUGUCACUCCUGGUAUUGAUCCUGAAGCUCAAGCAGUAA